CUGCUCCAGAGUGGGCAGCAGCGGGAAGCUCGAGUUAGCAGGUUGACUUUGGUGAGACGGUGACACUUCCGCCAAACCAGCCCCCACGAGUUGCCUCCAAAACCACCCGCCAUCAUGUCGCUGAAUAUUCCCAACGCGCCAAAGGCCGGCUUAUUCAAGCAGGGCUACAAUAACUACGAUUCCGAAGAUGGAGCUGUCCUCCGCAACAUUGACGCCUGCCGGGCCAUCUCGUCGACGGUCCAGACGUCGCUGGGCCCCUACGGCCGCAACAAGAUUGUCAUCAACCACCUGCAGAAGAUGAUCCUCACCUCGGAUGCCGCCACCAUUUUGCGCGAGCUCGAUGUCGUACACCCCGCCGCCAAGCUGCUCGUCAUGGCCAGCCAGCAGCAAGAGUCGGAGAUGGGUGACGCCACGAACCUCGUCAUUAUCCUGGCCGGCGAGCUGCUCAAGAAGGCCGAGGACCUCCUGCGCAUGGGCCUCAAGGCGUCCGACAUUGUCACCGGCUACGAGCGUGCCCAGAAGAUCGCCCUCGAUACGCUCGAGGAGCUCGAGAUCGACAAGGUGGAGAGCCUGCAGUCGCAGGAGGAGAUCAGCAAGGCCAUCCGGACCGUCAUCGCCAGCAAGCAGAACGGCAGCGAGGAGUUCCUGGCCAACCUCGUCGCCGAGGCCGUCCUGUCGGUCCUGCCCAAGAACCCGGCCAACUUCAACGUCGACAACAUCCGCGUCGUCAAGAUCAUGGGCGGCAGCCUGGACCAGAGCCGCGUCGUCAAGGGCAUGGUGUUCCCCAAGGAGCCCAACGGGACGGUCAAGAAGGCUAGGAAGGCCAAGGUCGGCGUCUUCACCUGCCCGAUCGACAUCUCCCAGACGGAGACCAAGGGCACCGUCCUAUUACACAACGCCAAGGAGAUGCUCGACUUCACAAAGGGCGAGGAGGAGCGCCUCGAGGCGGUGAUCAAGGAGCUGUACGACGUCGGCCUCCGCGUCGUCGUCGCCGGCUCGACCGUCGGCGAGCUGGCCAUGCACUACCUCAACCGCUACGGCAUCCUGGUCAUCAAGAUCCUCAGCAAGUUCGAGCUCAGGCGGGUAUGCAGGGUGGUGGGCGCCACGCCCCUCGCCCGGCUCGGCGCGCCCAUGCCGGACGAGAUGGGCACCAUCGACGUGGUGGAGACGCAGGAGAUUGGCGGUGACCGGGUGACGGUCUUCCGGCAGGAGGACGAGGCCACGAGGACGGCGACGCUCGUCCUCCGCGGCGCCACGCAGAACCACCUGGACGACAUUGAGCGGGCCGUCGACGACGGCGUCAACGUCAUCAAGGCCAUCACCAAGGACCCCCGGCUCGUCCCCGGCGCCGGCGCGACAGAGAUUGAGCUCGUCGAGAGGAUACAGGCCGUCGGCGAGAAGACGCAGGGCCUGGCGCAGUACUCCAUCAAGAAGUACGGCGAGGCGUUUGAGGUAGUGCCGCGGACGUUGGCCGAGAGCGCCGGUCUGGACGCCACCGAGGUCCUCAGCCGGCUAUAUGCCGCCCACCAGAGGGAGGACGGCUGGUCUACGGGCGUUGACAUCGAGAACCAGGAUAACACGGGCAUACUGGACGCCGAGGACGAGGGCAUCCUCGACCUUCUCGUCAGCAAGCACUGGGCUAUCAAGCUGGCCACCGAGGCCGCCCGCACGGUGCUCUCGGUUGACCAGAUCAUUGUCGCUCGGCAAGCCGGCGGGCCGAAGCCUCCCGGACCCAACCCGAACUGGGAUGAGGACUGAGUUUGAGGGAUAGGAUAGGGGAAUAAAGGACCUACGCGUCUCAUCCUCCUAACCGGUGCAAACCGUCCCAUUUGCUCUUCCUUGCCUCGCCUGCGCAACCAACGAGUAAACAUCUGCAACCUCCUCUCAUGUCAAGCAAUAGGGCCCAUGAUCAUCAUCAUCAAUGAUCAAGCAACCCUUCCGCCCGGCUGUUCUGCCCCUC